GAUCUGCAAAGAGGGAACACUCUCCUGCUGGAGGUGGGGGCCAUCCGGGGGAGAUGGGGUCCUCCCCAUCGGGGGGUGGGAUUGCUGCACGGUGGUGGCUGUGGACUGGGGUACGGGUCGCCCAGGCGGAGGCGGCGGGAGCGCACGACCUUCACCCGAGCGCGGCUGGACGUGCUGGAGGCCCUUUUCGCCAAGACCCGCUACCCCGACAUCUUCAUGCGGGAGGAAGUGGCGCUGAAAAUCAACCUGCCCGAGUCCAGAGUGCAGGUGUGGUUUAAAAACCGCCGGGCCAAGUGCCGGCAGCAGCAGCAGCAGCAGCAGAACGGGGGCCAGAACAAGGUGCGGCCAGCUAAAAAGAAGAAUUCGCCAGCCCGGGAAGUGAGCUCGGAGAGCGGGACCAGCGGGCAGUUCACUCCCCCCUCCAGCACCUCGGUCCCCACCAUUUCCAGCAGCAGUGCUCCCGUAUCCAUCUGGAGCCCAGCGUCCAUCUCCCCGCUCUCAGAUCCCCUGUCCACCUCUUCCUCCUGCAUGCAGAGAUCCUAUCCUAUGACCUACACCCAGGCAUCAGGCUACAGCCAAGGAUACGCUGGCUCGACCUCCUAUUUUGGAGGGAUGGACUGUGGAUCUUACUUGACCCCUAUGCACCACCAGCUUCCCGGACCGGGGGCCACCCUGAGUCCCAUGGGUGCCAACGCGGUCACCAGCCACCUCAACCAGUCUCCAGCCUCCCUCUCCACCCAGGGCUAUGGAGCCUCCAGUUUGGGCUUUAACUCCACCACCGAUUGCUUGGAUUAUAAAGACCAAACCGCCUCCUGGAAGUUAAACUUCAAUGCUGACUGCUUGGAUUAUAAGGACCAAACAUCGUCAUGGAAGUUCCAGGUUUUGUGAAGAACCUUUGUGAUAACGAGAGAAAUCGCGACGAGAACAAACAGGCUGGGCUGAACGCUCCAGUUUUAGUCAGGUCUUGGUUAAAUUAAAGAGAAAAAAUAACUCAACGGACAAACAAACGAACAAAAAAACCGACAGCGACAAGAGGGGGGACAGUGUUGGUGUGAUCCCGUUCAGACUCAUCUCCUGCUCAGACGCUCUGGAAAAGGAAUAAUAAAGAGGAAAAAUGGAGGAGGAAGGCCUUAAACGGACAGAUCAUCUAGUGAGCAGAAAACAGACAGACCCAUCUGUGUUCUUUCUAGUUUUAGGCAAUUGUUGGGUUUCUUUGUUUGGAAGAGGUGGGAGAGCGUUCCACCUACGGGCCAGUUUUAAAAAAAAAAAAAAAAAGAAAAAAAAGAAAAAAAAAAGUCUAGGUUUUUAUUUCUUUUUUUUUUUUGUGUGUGCGUGGAAAGAUCCUUCACCCAGAGGUUUCCAAUGUGUUAGCCAACCCUCGGUUAAAAUAUUCGGAAUGGACAGCAUCUCUCUUUUUCUCCCUCCUUUUCUCCCUCCCUCUUUCUUUCUCUCUUGCUCUCGAGCUCAUCCAACAGUUUCAUGCCCAACUUGCUCAAGUUGGCACCCGGAGAACUUGGUUCAGGGCUGUGUGGGUUGUGUGACUGAUUGUCCUAGCUGCACUACUUUAUUUAAAGAUAAAAAAAAAAAAGAUAAUGUUCAUAAGGAGUCAAUAUGUAGUUUUUAAGAGACAAUCAGUGUGUGUCUUAUAUAAAUGGUACAUCUGUGGUUUUUAAUCUGUGCUAGACUUCAAAACUGUGAUCUCCUGUAUUGUAUGCAACUAUGAACUCUGCACCAGCGGGAGUUCUGCUGUGAUUUAAAUAGGUUAUAAUUAUAAGUGAAAUUCAGAGCAACUGAGUUACCUAUUAUCAUCUUUUAAAAAAAUAAUAAAAAAAUAUAU